GAGUAAAUCACCUUAAAACGGAUGUUAUAAAGGUAGGUAGGUUGAUAGAAUCUUUCACGUUUAUUAACCAUAAUCCAUCUUGUAUCGAUAAUUGACAAUCACUUGCGCCAUGUCACCUCAACUCGAAAAGGUCUUGAAACUCACAUCGUUUCGUUACAAACGGCCUGAGUAUUCAGACAAGGAAUUCCACGAUUUCUGUACAGAUCAUGGACUGAAAGCGGCCAAAAUCCAACAGAGACACGGAGCUCUGAAAAUCGCUCAGUACCAUACACCACCAGCGUGCAAGAAACUCCUCACGGACAUGAUUCCCUUCGCACUUCAACCAGGCUGGGCUUUGGAGGAACACGAUCUUAUGGUCCAAGUGUGGGUACGCACAACAAAUGACAUGGCAGCUAUCUUCACGGAUCCAGAAUUCCAAAUGUUGGUUGGAGGAAGUACCCCAGAGGUGCAGGAUAAGGCACAUAUUACAGCGGGUUGGGAGGAAGUCUUCGUGGAAGACAAUAAAAUAGUAGAAUGUCCAUUUCCUCCAUAUGAGGAACGCUCUGCCGUGGGCGCUGGUAGUGCACUUUUUGGAUUGGAUAAGAUCGCAGAGGGAACCAAGAUUUGAACCGUCGCUAUGUAGAAAGCAUCAAACUUUAGUGCACCGUGAAGGUGCGAAUACUUCUAAGUUUAAUGUUCAAGGAACGGUCAAUAUCAAUACAAUUCUUACCAGUCAGUGCCCUCCUAUACACA